AUGUUCUUCUUUUCUAUUCUGCUGUUUUUUCAUUCUCGCUUUCUUACUUUCAUUCUUUUUUUUCUUUUUCGUUUAUUCUUUCAUUCGUUUUUUCUUUUUCCCUUCAUUCUUUGGUUUCUUUCUUUUUUCAUUCUUUCAUUCUUUUGUUUUCUUUCUUUUUCAUUCUUUCAUUCUUUUGUUCUCUUUCUUUUUUCAUUCUUUCAUUCUUUUUUUUCUUUCUUUUUCAUUCUUUCAUUCUUUUGUUUUCUUUCUUUUUCAUUCUUUCAUUCUUUUGUUUUUUUUCUUUUUCAUUCUUUCAUUCUUUUUUUGUUUCUUUUUCAUUCUUUCAUUCUUUUGUUUUCUUUCUUUUUCAUUCUUUCAUUCUUUUUUUCUUUCUUUUUCAUUCUUUCAUUCUUUUGUUUCUCUUUCUUUUUUCAUUCUUUCAUUCUUUGUUUUUUUCUUUUUUCAUUCUUUUGUUUUUUUGUUUUUCAUUUUUCAUUUUUUGUUUUUUUCAUUCUUUUGUUUUCUUUAUUCAUUCUUUCAUUCCUUUGUUUUCUUUCUUCUUUCAUUCUUUUGUUUUCUUUCUUCUUCAUUCUUUUAUACUUCUAUUUUCUUUCAUUCUUUUGUUUUCUAACAUUUUUGUUUUCGUUUUUCAUUCUUUCAUUCGUUUGUUUUCUUUCUUCAUUCAUUCUUUUUUCUUUCAUUCUCUUUUUCUUUCUUUUUUCAUUCUUUCAUUGUUUUCUUUUAUUUUUUAGUUCUUUUGAUUUCUAUCAUUCUCUAGUUUUCUUUCUUCUUUUCCUGUUUAUUUCCUAUUUUUUUUCACAUUUUUUAUAUUUUUUCUUUCUUUCUCUUUCUCGUAAUUUUUCUUCUUUUCCCCUCUUUUUCCUUUUCUGUCGUUAUUUCUCCUUCCGUCUUUUUUUUUUUCAUUUUCUUCCCUUUUUCUUCUUCCAAAAGCACCGUCACCCACCCUCAGCCUCGAUACAAAUUCAAAUGAAGACUUAUAGAAGGAGUGAAUGA